AACGCCUUUAAAAAAAAAUAAGCGAACGAAGCAAUACUCCACGUUCCCAGUUUAUGUGAAUGCUCGUCGACAGCCGACCUAACUGACGGGAGAAGACACACCAUCAUGUUUAGUCAGUACGAAUGAAUAUAUUUAGGGACGGCUGAAGAUCUUAAUUGUGGGGAUUUUCUUUCCUGAUCGUGUACGAGUCAAGGCGCUUGAACUACGGCACGUGUCGUUCGGAAGUUUAAACUGACACCGACGAACAAUCUCAGGUUGGGCAUGCCGGGAGCAGUCGGACUGUGCGCGUAGAGUCAGAGCGUCCCGGAGAGAGAGAGGGAGCAAGAGAGGAAGCGCACGACGUCGGCGGAGAUGGGGGAGACGGAAGAGGAGAAGAACGCCCAGGCCGGGCAGCUCUUUGAGAACUUUGUGCAGGCCUCCACCUGCAAGGGCACCCUGCAGGCCUUCAACAUCCUCUGCAGGCAGCUGGAGCUGGACCCGCUGGACCACAAGAACUUCUACAGCCGGCUCAAGGCCCAGGUCACCUUCUGGAAGGCCAAGGCCCUGUGGAGCAAGCUAGACAAGAGGGCCGCCCACAAGGAGUACAAGAAGGGGAAGGCCUGCGGAGACACCAAGUGCCUGAUCAUCGGAGGCGGGCCCUGUGGCCUGCGGACAGCCAUCGAGCUGGCCCUUCUGGGGGCCAAGGUGGUGGUGAUGGAGAAGCGGGACACCUUCUCCCGGAACAACGUGCUGCACCUCUGGCCCUACACCAUCCACGACCUGCGCGGCCUGGGGGCCAAGAAGUUUUACGGCCGGUUCUGUGCCGGAGCCAUAGACCACAUCAGUAUUCGGCAGCUGCAGCUGAUGUUGCUGAAGAUCGCGCUGAUUGUUGCUGUGGAGGUGCACGUCAACGUGGAGUUCGUCAAACUCCUGGAGCCCCCAGAAGACCAGGAGAACGAAGGGCCCGGGUGGAGAGCGGAGGUCAGACCUGCCGACCAUCCUGUCUCCGAAUUCGAUUUCGACGUGGUGGUGGGGGCGGAUGGGCGACGGAACACGCUGGAAGGGUUCCGGAGGAAAGAGUUCCGCGGAAAGCUGGCCAUCGCCAUCACCGCCAACUUCAUCAACCGCAACACCACGGCCGAGGCCAAGGUGGAGGAGAUCAGCGGCGUGGCCUUCAUCUUCAACCAGAAGUUCUUCCUGGAGCUCAAGGAGGAGACCGGGGUGGACCUGGAGAACAUCGUGUACUACAAGGACAACACUCACUACUUCGUCAUGACGGCGAAGAAGCAGAGCCUGCUGGACAAGGGCGUCAUCAUUCAUGACUACAUCGACACAGAGAUGCUCCUGAGCAGCGAGAACGUGAGUCAGGAGGCCCUGCAGUCCUACGCCCGUGAGGCCGCCGACUUCGGCACCAACUACCAGCUGCCCUCCCUGGACUUCGCCAUCAACCACUACGGCCAGCCGGACGUGGCCAUGUUCGACUUCACCUGCAUGUACGCCUCGGAGAACGCCGCCCUGGUCCGGGAGCGCUUCGGACACCAGCUGCUGGUGGCGCUCGUGGGGGACAGCCUGCUGGAGCCCUUCUGGCCUAUGGGAACAGGAUGCGCCCGCGGGUUCCUGGCUGCCUUCGACACAGCGUGGAUGGUGAGGAGUUGGGCGCAGGGCAGGACCCCCCUGGAGAUCCUGGCCGAAAGGGAAAGCAUUUAUAGGCUCUUGCCCCAGACAACCCCAGAAAACAUCACAAAGAACUUUGAGCAGUAUACCAUAGACCCAGUCACCCGGUACCCCAACCUCAACUCCAACUGUGUCAGGCCUCUCCAGGUGAAGCACCUCUACAGCAGCGGGGAGCUGCAGCCCUGCUCCCUGGAGAGAGCCAGCUCCGUGCGCAGACCAGUUAAUCGCCGGGAGUCUGAGGUUCGACCCAGCAGGCUGCUGACCUGGUGUCAGAAGCAGACGGAGGGCUACAGGAACGUGAACGUGUCCGACCUCACCUCCUCCUGGAAGAGCGGCCUGGCUCUGUGUGCUCUCAUCCACCGCUUCAGGGCCGACCUCAUCGACUUUGACUCACUCAACGAGGAGGACUCGGCCAAGAACAACCAGCUAGCUUUCGAUGUCGCCGAACGGGAGUUUGGCAUCUCGCCCGUCACCACUGGGAAAGAAAUGGCCGCCGACCGCGAACCGGACAAGCUCAGCAUGGUCAUGUACCUCUCCAAGUUCUACGAGUUGUUCAGGGGCGCGCCCAUCCCAGUCUCAGGUUCCAAAGGAGAGACUGAUGAAAACAAUGAGGACUAUUCAUCGAAGUCGGACAACUCCGUUUACAACUUGAUGAACCUAACACUGCCGAGAAAACGGAUACCCAAGGACGACAAGAAGCUGGAGGAUAAUGACUCUGCUAACAAACGGCGCAGAAAGGGCUGCAAUUAUCUAGAAGAGGCGACAAACUUCUCCAGUCAGAGUGCCCCUUCCACCGGGGAGGGUGGUGCACAGAAGGAGAACAAAGUCAGGUCCAUGGCCACCCAGCUGCUGGCCAAAUUCGAGGAGAACGCCCCCACCAGCACCCUCCGCAGACAGUCUGAGUCCGACGCCAGCGGAGUUAAGUCGCUGCCGCCCCCCUCGCUCGACAUGAGCAAGAACCCCCGCUUCGCCCGCCCCAAGGACCCGGCCCCUCCCCUGGCCCCGCCCUCCCCUCCGCCCGAGAGGCAGUCGUACGUCGGGUCCGGUUACCCGCCGGGGCUCUCCGCCCCGGCCCCGCCCCGUCCACAGCACAUUCCCAGCAGGCCCAAGCCGGCCGAUCGAACGCGAGCGCUUUCACCCCCACUGCCCAACGGUGCGGCCCACGCGGAUUACCCAGAACCCCCUGCCUCUGGCUGCUCCACCACGCUGCCCGCGUCGGGGAUGCUCCAGCGCCUCCAGAGGCUGGAGGACAAGAUCGCCCAGAAAAAAUCUCAAACCCAAAACGCGAGAGACUUCCGCCAAAAGAGCAUAAAGGAGAAGGCGGUUCACCUCUGCGCCCUGUUCUCGGGGUGUGAGAGUCUCCCGCCCCAGAGCGACCCUCCCGCCCCCGGCCCCCUCACCGCCAGGCCCAAAGUCACCCCGCCGACACGUCCCCCAGACUCCUCUGCUGCUUCCUGUUUUCCUUCUCCUGACUCCGCUCCGUCGUCUCUGUGCCAGCAGCAGAGAACUGUGGGGAAGGUGUCGUUGGUCAUAGGGGCCAUGGCUGAAACCCUAGUCACCCUGUAUGAAAACGACCACAGGCCCAAAGCCGUGUGUUCGCCUCCCUCACCGGAAAAGCCGUCCCCCCGAACGGGCUCCUUGCGGAGAGAGUUCCCUCAGAACCUGGGUGGCAGCGACACGUGUCACUUCUGCGGGAAGCGCGUGUACGUGAUGGAGCGCCUGAGCGCUGAGGGCUGCUUCUUCCACCGCGAGUGCUUCCGCUGCGACACCUGCAGCUCCACGCUGCGGCUGGGCGGCCACGCCUUCGACUCCGAGCAGGGCAAGUUCUACUGCAAACUUCAUUUUGCUCAACGAAAAACAACAGUCAAGUACAGGAGGCGGAUAGUAGACCAACAGAAGGAGGCCCAGGGUGUGGCGAUGGCGGGCGGGCCCGGGACAUCACCCCCUGACCAGGGCGACGGCUCUCCCCCGGCCGCGGGCAGCCUGCGGAGCCAGCCCCCAGGAGGGUAUUUCCAGCACCUGAGUAACCAGUCUAGCCCAGAGAAGUGUGGUGGGGCUGCUCAGGCCAGCUGGCUGGACCCCAGCAUGGUUGCCGAGUUACCAGAGGAGAGCGAGCUGGUGCAGGCCACAGAGGGGCCCGGGCCGGCCGACACCCUGCAGACCUCAGCCGCCUGUAGGCACGAGGGGUCAGAGGUCACAGCACUGCUGUCACUUGAUUCCAGACUCACUGAAGAACCCGGCGCUCUGCCACGGGACGGUGCUCCUUCUGCAGGCCCCACCCUGCUCAAGAGGGGCAGCCGCUGGAGGAGGAAGAUCCAGACCACGUUCCCUCUCAUCCUGGCCAAGACGCAGGGCCGAACGCUGGCCGCCUCGGACCAGGGAGACGGGCGCCACGGCUGCACGGAGGAAGAAGAGUCUGAUUUUGAAGAGAUCUUCCUGCCUGCUCCAGAGAGCCCGGCGGGAUCUGACCCCCCGGACCCGGAGUGCCCUGCGGAGGGGCCGAGCUCCGUUUCGGAUAACCCGGCACCCUGCAGUUCCCCUAGCUCCUCCCACGAGGCCCCGCCCCCGGCCCCGCUCGGUCGCCGCGAGCAACCAGCCGGCGAGUACUUGAACGUAGCGACGGGGGCGGCGGGGAAGAAGAAGCUGACCCUCUCACUGACCGAGAAGGAGAAGCUCCUGGACUGGGACGCGGGUGGCCCCAGUGAGGUCGAUACAGAAGAAGGCCCUGGAACCAACCGGAGGCCUGCGGGUGAGGCUCCUCCCGCCCCUCAUCCGGUCCUGGCCGAACCGCCUCCCGCCCCGUCCACGCUGCAGCUGGUGGUGAACGCCCUGAGGCGGUCUUUCAGGGUUCCGGGGCCUGUGGCCCCCAAGGCCACGGUCACCAGGAGGAGCGGGGCUCCCAGGGCCAGGCCCCUGUCUGAGGGCUCCUUCAGUUUUAACUCCCUGUUCGGAGGGGCCGGGCGGCAGGACCAGGCUUCGGCCUCGGACCUCAGUACCACCGGAGACCGCUUGGAGGUAGGGGAGCAUACCUCAGCUACUCCCACCUCCAUCUCAACUACCUCCUCCUCCACCUCCAACUCAACUACCCCCACCUACAGCUCCAACUCAACUACCCCCACCUACAGCUCUGCUACCUCCAGCAGCGCCUCAGCAGCCCCUACCCCCACCACCACUUCUGCCAGCUCGCCCCCAAGGUCCUCCGGCUGCACGUCUGGCUCUGACCUGCCCAAGUUCCUGCAGCAGGUUUCGUUGGGCUCCAGGGCCCCCGGGGGCCCCAAAGACGACCUGGCCACCCUGCCCCCCAGGAAGCUGAACUUCUUCUCCUCCAUGAGGGUGAAGAGGGGCCGGACGUCAGAACGGGAGAGGCCUUCCUCCCAGGACAGGGACAUCUGGACCAUCCUCUCCGACCUCAGGAAGAAAGUCUCAAACUCAGCGCAGCGGGACUCCAGCUCUUCCAGUGAAGAGGACCGAGGCACAGCCAAGCAGAGGGGCAGCUCCAGUCCGAGGGAGAGGAGGGAGACGAGGAAGCAGGAGGAAGUGGAGAAGGAGCAGGUCCGGCGCGAGCAGCUGAAGAGGCUCCACAGAGCUCAGGUGAUCCAGAGGCAGCUGGAGGAGGUGGAGGAGAAGCAGAGGGCCCUGGAGGAGAGCGGGGUCGCCCUAGAGAAGCUGCUCCGAGGCGAGACAGUUAAAGUGGACCGGUCUCAGGAUGACACCCAGCUCCUGCAGACCUGGUUCAGGCUGGUUCUGGAGAAGAACAAACUGGUCCGCUAUGAGUCUGAGCUCAUGAUCUUUGCUCAAGAGCUGGAGCUGGAGGACACACAGAGCCAACUGCAGCAGAAGCUCCGCCGCAGGAUAGCCGUCGAGAACUCCAGGAAGAGCUCAUGGGAGCUGGCAGAGGAGCAGCAGAUCUUCAGCGAGAUGAUGCGGGUGGUGGAAAAGAGGGACGCCUUGGUGAGUCUCCUGGAGGAACAGCGUCUGAAAGAGCGCGCUGAAGACCAGGACCUAGAGAGUCUGGUGCUGACCAAGGGCUACCAACUCCACUGGACCUGAGAGAUCCCACACCAAGGGCUACCAACAAUGGCUGAUUUUCCAUAAUGAUAAUGUAUAAACGGGAGUUUGCCUUCUUCUAACGCACUUUGAAUAAGUAAAAUUAAAGACCUGACUCACUUAAGUCACAAGGCUUUUGGCGUUUUGCUCUGGGGAGCUGGCAACGUUGGGACAAUCUCUUGAAUUUGCGAUAUUUUGCACUUUUUAUAGAAAUGGCCUUCCUGGUGAAAACUGGCUUCAGCUGUGUUUAGCAUAGCUUAUGUAGUGAAACUGGUUGUGUACAUCACAGCUUAGAUUUCCGUCUGUUCUGUGUUAUUUUUUGAUACAUGAAUGAAUGAUAACAAUUGGUAUACACUUUAGCAUUCUAGGUUGUUAUUUCUAAUAUAUUUCUAAUAUUUAUUUAAAGCAUGUUUGCAUACAGUUCACAGAAAAAUUUAGUUCAUGUUAAACCAAAGAAUUACUCAAACUAGACAAAGUGUUGAAUGUGGUUAAUUUCAGUGUGGUAUUAAUAGGCCUCUGGAUCACCUGUUUUUCCUCGAUUUACCGAUAUCCAGGACUUUCAUUUUAAUAAUGUAUUUAAAGAUUGCUUGAAUGAUGAUUUGUGAGGUGUAUGGGCAUUUAUGACAGAUUCUGCUGUUGAAUGUGUUGUGUUGAAUUAAUAUUUAAAAAUAUAUAUCUAUUAAAUAAUUCUAAUAAAACGUAUUUCAUUCUA